CCAUAUAUCAUCGAAGCAAGGAUUCGGAGUCUGUCCAUCUUGUUCUCCAACCAUGCAGGAUUUCUUGUUCUGAGAGUUUGCCGUUGGCUAUCGGAAAAGACAAAAAGGAAAAUGCUAGACAGAUAUGCCUGGAUGAUAAUGCAUAUGAAUUCUAAAGAAAUAUUGAACAUAUCUGGUCCACGUUAUUUUAAAUCGAAAUGUUAAUCAAAAGAAAAGCAUGUUGUAAAUGUUAAUUAAUGUAUGAAGAAAUUAAUUUAGACUUUUUUAUUUUCUUAAAAAUACAUUGUCCUUUUUUUGUUGUUGCAAUAAUCUAUGUUGGCCUGAUAGAAUAUAGAGAUCAUGAUAAGGUGUUCUUAUCGAAUCCCAUGGAUCUCGAAUCUGACAACAAUUUGCAUGUAAAGUUUAUUUAUGAUGCAAAUACAUCUAAAUUGGAUAUAAUUUCGGGGAAUUCAAAGUUCUGAUGUUGAUUAUCAUGUAAUUAAUUAUGUCCAAGAAAAGGAACAUUUAUAUGGUCGCGUACUAUUUCAGUCAACCAAACAAACCCCUGUAGAUACACUUCCCUCCAACUCCCAAGCAAAGAAUCCAAAUCUUCUCCCUCUCUCUCUCUCUCUCUCUCUCUCUCUCUCUUUCCCCACCUCCACCCUUCAUUCUUCCUCUGAUCUCUCCGCCAACAACAAGAUGGACAGACUCCGAAUCCUUGCUUCGAAUUCGGCGGGAACAUUGCUCGCUUUGGACGAGCUCUGGCCGGAAAGCGCCGGCGGCGGCUGGGCGACGGUGGUGGUGAUGCUCCUCGUGUCGUGGAAGCUCCUGCGGCUCUUCUUCUACUGCCGCCGCCCCGUGGCGAUCUCCGGAGCGUAUUUUAGAGGAGGUUCUUCCGCAAGGGCAUCCAACCUCAUCACCGAUGCUGAUCUGAGAGACUUGAUGAUUAGUUUGGAGGGGAAACCCAAACGGAACGAGAGAUGGGAAGAUCUGAUUGAUAAAACCAGUAAUCUUGUGUCCUAUAAAGCAAAGUUCUUCCGUCCAAAAGAUGGCCCAUUGAAGUUCUACAGCAUUACAACAUUCGAGAAAUGUUCUGCAGAGCUAUUAAGAGAUUUCUACAUGGACAAUCAGUACAGAAGAAAGUGGGACAACAUUGUGAUUCACCACGAGCAGCUGCAGGUAGAUGAAAAUAGUGGGACAGAAAUUGGACGUUGUAUUAAAAAGUUCCCUCUCCUGACACCAAAAGAAUAUAUAUUGGCAUGGCGCGUGUGGGAAGGAAAAGACAAAACCUUUUAUUGCUUUACCAAGGAUUGUGAGCAUCCUAUGCCUGUAAGACAAAAUAAAUAUGUUCGUGUUGGUUUUUUAAGAUCAGGUUGGCGCAUAAGAAAAGUUCCCGGUAGGGAUGCAUGUGAGAUGACAUUGGUUCAUCAGGAAGAUGCCGGCAUCAAUAUUGAGAUGGUAAAACUGGGAUUUGCCAAGGGAGUAUGGAGCUAUGUGUCUAAGAUGAACAAUGCACUGCGUGAAUAUUCCUCCUGCAGUCCAAUUCACUUGACACCAGUCUCUACUCUUCAUCGACUUAUCAAAAAGAUCCCACCGGAGUUGGAGGCAAAUGCUGAGACAAGCGAGGAAGAAGUUCCAAAGAGAUCAAGCAGUGUCUCUAGCAGACGCAGUAGAGCGAACAUAUCACAGAAGAAGCCAUCGAGGUCUCCCAAGAGGUGGAUUCUAACAAAUGGGCUUCUGCUUCUCGGUGGCAUCAUUUGCCUUUCGCGAGGCCGCCGCUCCACCACCAUCGGCACUCAGCUGGCCGUGCCAUGCAUUCUUAAGAAGCUUAUGAAGCAUGGAACAGAAUCAAGCUAAGUUGAGACCUCCCAACUUGCACUGAAUCCAUUGUUUAUCCUUCAUGCAACCUCUCCAUGCUGUCAUCACAACUGCACUUCUUUCCUCUGUUUCUACUAAAUUGUACAAAGCAACAGCAAUAUAUAUAUAUAUAUAUAUAUAUAUAUAUAUAUAUAUAUAUAUAUAUAUAUAUAUAUAUAUAUAUAUAUAUAUAUAUAUAUAUAUAUAGGAAAAAAAGGUUUUUUGAA